AAAGAUCAUGGCAAUAGAGCCAGUAAAGAGAGGAUCAAAAGAGCAGCAGCACAAGAAGUUGACUUGCUCGAGUUGUUUUCUUUCAAGGACUGGCUUGGUCUAUGUCUAUCCAAAGUCCUUCUAGUUGGCCUAGUUUAAUACAGUUGAGUCGGCAGCACAAAUCCUGUGCGCCAGCAAGCACGCACUCUCUUUUUACCAGUACUGAUAUUAUGCAAAAUAAAGUGCGGAGAGAGGAUGGAGGUCUUUCCGCACAGCCACAUUUACAAAUUGUUUUUUCGAGCUAACCUUUUGAAAAUGCCAAUAAUUUUCACGAGAUCAGAAUUUAUUCGACAGUUACAGCAAAAGACUUCCAAAGAGUAGUAGUUUGAUUCGAGCAUAUGGUUAGAGGCAAAAGCCCUGCACAAAAAAGUAGCAGGCACGAUAAUUUCCAAUUUCAACAAGUAAAAUACUGAAUAAGCGCAAAGUUGCUAUAAGCAGAAGAAGGUACUUUUUAUUCAUCUCGACGGAAGUUUAUAAGAACACCACAGUGCAGUCCUUGUCGCUGCUGCGAUCGCAGAGCCAAUGAGCUGCGCGAGACGGGAGACUGUAGUCAAAGCAGAUUAGUAGUUUUCACGGCGGACUGGCAAUAAACGAUAAGUACGGAGAGCCAGUAGCCGAGAUAGAAGAGAGCUUUCUAUGUAUAGGUAAAUACGAACGGUUAUCCAAGACCACGAGCUCGAAUUGCAAAAGAAAAGCAGUCGCGUUUCCAGAGGCGCUGUCAUACUAUCUCGCCAAAUAAGUAAACGACAAGUCAAGAAAAGUCCAUCGGGGAAAAUGUUUUCGAAUUUACAGUUCAAAAACCGCAAGAAGAGCUAGGGUUUCUUUUCAGAUUCACAGAUUUAAAAGACCGACGGGGUCACGCAGAACAGUGCGAAUUUGUUUUCGAGCUAGAUUUACUACAAAAAUGAAAUAUUUUUCCACGACGAACAGCGAAAGCAAGGGCAAACGACGUGAAAAGCGGUGUGAGGGCAAGUUGUGAUCUUUAGUACAAAUGUAACAUCAUAAGUUUUGUGAUUCACGGUCUGCGUGCAAGAAAAAGAAUGUGUUCAACCUUAUAGGACGAGUACGACAACAUUAGAAGUACGAUUAUCCCGAGAACGAAGGUUGCCG